AUGCCGCUGUUCGAGGCAGACUUGCUUGUUGAGGAGUUUACGAGGAGACUUCUUAAGCAGGUUGAAGAGCUCAAGUGUGGACCUGGCCUUGACGGAAUAUCUCCACAGGGCCCAUUGAUCCACAGAGCCGCGGUGCAGAAGGUGGAGGAGCAUAUUCUUCAUGCUGUUAGCAAGACAAAAGACGAGACUUCCGGGCCUCUGGCGCCAACCUUUGCCUCUGAGAGUAAAGAGGAAGUCGCGAUGUUGGCGAAUGACACGAAUUUUAGCCCGGCCGGAUAUUUCUACUCAAAGAACAUCUGCCGGGUGAUGCGCAUUACGCAGAAGAUGCAGGUUGGAAUAUGCGGCGUGAAUACGGGAAAGGUGGCUGCCGCAGAAUCGCCAUUUAGGGGCACCGAGGAGAGUGACUAUGGGCUUGAGGGGAGCAAGUACAGCAUACCUGAGUACCAACCCAUCAAGACUGUGACCAUUAGGAACAUACAUCACUCAUACGAGAUGCCGGCACCUGGAUAUUGA